GUUACAGGCGCAAUGCGGUGUUGGGAUGUAAGAAGCAAUGGCGACGGUCGAGCAGUUCUGGAGGUAAAAUAGCCCUAUUUGACCGAAGAGAAGCUUCCCAGUCAGAAAAUGGAAGGCAUGGCCCCUUCCAUCAUCCCACCAUUGUCUGCCACCCCGCUCGCCGCCAAACAGCAGGACGUUCACACCAAGGCGGGGUCCGCCGUAACCCCAGCCUUCCUCUCCAACCUGGGGAGGGCCACCCUGCGCGGCAUCCGCAAGUGUCCCCGCUGUGGCGUCUACAACGGCACCCGGGGGCUCAGCUGCAAGAACAAACUGUGCGGGAUAUCACUCCGGAACGCCACCUCGGGGAACAGGGGGAGCCGGAAGGGUGGCGUGGAGGCGGUCAGAGUGAUCAUCGACAGCGAGGAGCGAGAGGGGAAGGAGCAGGAUAACAACGAAGGGGGCGGUGUUCAGGUGUUUUCCGUGUGCCACCGAGAACGAGGAUCCGCCCAGCUGGGCUUUGUGGGGCUGUCUCCCACCGACACCGCUAUCUCCACGGGCGAGCGGCACCCCAUGCUGUCUCAGAUCAACAUGGGCCGCUGCUUCAUGCCGGCCUGCAAGCAGGGUUCGAGGUCCGACCGCUCCGAGUCCGGCUUACCCGACACCCUCUGUGUCCAUAUCAAGACUGCCAUCGAGUGCCGCCGCUCCGCCGCCCCUCUGAGCGUCAAGAGCUCUGCCCUAGAGGCAUUGACAGCCUCAAUGCAGGACAAAGAGGAACUGUGGGGGCUAGCCACCGAGUCCCCGGGGCCCCUGGUGCAACGAGUGUCCAAGGACACGCUGGUGGUCAAGUGCCGCCCCGAUUCUGCGCACGCCCUGGGCCUUCUACACCUGACGGUUGGUGGCGGCGUAGGACCGUCCAAUGUGGCGAAAGGCGGCAGGAGGACCCGGCGGGCGACGCAGCAGCAGGCGGCAUUUCACUGCGCCUGCCGCCCGCAGACGGCUGAGGCGUCGUGCGCCACUGACCACCCAGACCCUUCACACCCCUGCCUGCACUUCUAUGCCUGCGUUUGUGCCUUUGCCAGCGAUGAGAAACUGGCGUCAGAAUUUGCCACCUUUAUCAGCUCGGCGACAACAGGCAUUGUACCUACCCCAACCGGCAAAGUCCUCGUUCCCUGCGAGAGGCCCCCUCCCCUUCCCACGGAACCGCUCAGAUAUCUUCACAAAGCCAAGAAACCACGCCCGGAUGAAGCUCCCUCAGCUGGCACUCAGAUGGUGGAUGAGGGCUCAAUGUCCUUGAGUUUCUACCAGUGGUUGGCCGGCGUCACUGAGAGGAUUCAGCAAACCAUGCACUACCAGUUUGACGGGAAACCCGAUCCUCUGGUAUACUACAUUCCUCAGCAAUUCUUCAAUGCUCUGCAGCAUCGCCUGUCUCUGGGCUCCAAGAGGCGGCUGCCCAACUUCACCACAGUGCUGGAGAACAAUGACGGCGUCCCUCAGGGCUCCCUCUCCAAAUAUACUUGGCACAUCACCAACCUCGCACUGGUCAAACGCAUCUUUGACACGCCUGAGUUGCAGUUAGAGCUCACUCAGAGUUUUGUCCGCAACAUGGACGGUUCCUACUCCCGCUUUCACUGUCCUCAACCUCCGCCUGAACCUGCGCCGGCGGACGGGAUUAGAACGGAUAGGACGUUGCCCAUUCGGCCCAUGGAGCUCCAAACCUUCCUCAAAGUUGGGCCCGGCUCGGAUGACCCAGAAGAACCCGGCCCCUUUGUCAUUGAGUGGACCCCCGACGUGCUCCCACGCUGCCACAUGGGCAAGCUGAGGAUCCUCUACCAGUUUGGACACCAGCAGAGCGGACAGCAGGCGGAAUGUGGAGAGAAGGAUGGUCACAGCACAACAGGACGCGUCAAAGCAAAGCGGCCGUGACACCGACAAAGCCGUCAUCGCCGUUUCCACGACAACAGCUUGGAAUCCCGUUGCCGUCCUCUUGAUCCCCUUCCUCUCAUUCGCGCCGGACAGCAAGUAAGGUCAUGACCACUUCCUGUCCGUAGACGCGAGCUUUCAGAACGACGCUUUCAUGCGCGAUUUAGAUAGCUGCUCGGACACGAGUUGGACACAAGUCGUCAAGUGCAUAGAACUUCAAUCCACAAAGUCCAGUUGGACAUGAGAAUAAUAGGUCACAGUAGGUCAUAAGGACAGAAGUCUACGAGGACACAAGAAUUCCAUGUCGAAAAAAAAUAUGCAUGUGCAAGGAUGGAAGGACACAAGUACACUAGGAUACAAGGAUGCUGGGACAUAGCCACUAGGACACACAAGUCACUGAGGAACCGAGGUUGGACAGUCCUGGCAUUUUCAAGUCUUGCUCUAAAGUCUCAGUUCAGUGCCCCGCGGACUUCACGGACAAUCUGGAAUGUUUUUGUGUCCCGCCACGAACUCUCCCCCGUCCGGCCUCCUCUCUCGUCUGUUUUUCAUCUGCGGCGUUGAUUUACGCCGCCGAUCCCCUCGCUUCCUGUCGGGAUAGAUUUAUGGGUCCACGAGUGCUGCGUGACCGAUUGGCUCGGAGGCGUCGCAGCCACAUGCGCUUGGCGAGUGAAAGAUGGCAGCUGCGGUGGCUUUUCAUGUCAUUUUUCUUUCAUCUUUGAUGUUUUAUGGCGUAAUCUUUGUGGCAGCAAAAAUGCCGCGUCCACUUCGGAGCUGCUGUUUCGGCAAAAACCUGUUUGUCUUUUUUAAGCGUGGAUUAUAGGGCCAUGUAGGCAAUUUCUCUUCCAAAGCAAACGAAUUUUAGUCCGCCGGCUGCCAACUUAAAACCGUGUCCGCUACACCAAUGUCUGACGCUAAGUAUCGAAAUAUUUAAUACAAAGUCAACGCAACGGUCGGAACUUCACACACAAGACAGCUCAACUGCGAUAAUCUCAUCAUGAUCGACUGACCAUAGUUUUUCGAAACCACAAAAAAAAAAAAAAAAAAGAAAGGCGAGUCAAGAAUGCUGUCAGGGCGCAUAAUUGCUGGGCCGCCACGGCGAGUACGUUUUUUUUUUU